UUCUUGUCUUGUUUACAGAGAUACUUGUUCGCAGUCUCAUCCGUCACAUUUAGCAGUCUGAUGAGGACAAGGUCUGAGCCAGCAUGAAGACAGAAUCUCUUCUUCAUUAGAGAAAAGCUUUCUGUCUGACAAAAUCACUUCAAGAAGUGCACAAUGACAGAACGUGGAAUUAAAUGGGCUUGUGAGUAUUGUACGUAUGAAAAUUGGCCGUCUGCAAUCAAGUGUACCAUGUGUCGUGCUCAGAGACCUAGUGGAACAAUUAUCACAGAAGAUCCAUUCAAGAGUGGUUCAAGUGAUAUUGGCAGAGACUGGGAUCCUACGAGCAUUGAAGGAGGAAGCAGCCCUUUGAUAUGUCCAGACUCUAGUGCAAGACCAAGGGUUAAAUCAUCGUAUAGUAUGGAAAGUGCAAAUAAAUGGUCUUGUCACAUGUGCACGUACUUGAACUGGCCCAGGGCGAUCAGGUGCACUCAGUGCUUAUCUCAGCGCAGGACCAGGAGUCCUACAGAGUCCCCUCAAUCUUCAGGUUCUGGAUCAAGACCAGUCCCCUUAUCUGUUGAUCCUUGUGAGGAAUAUAACGAUAGAAAUAAACUGAACACGAGGGCACAACAUUGGACUUGUUCUGUUUGUACAUAUGAAAACUGGGCAAAGGCCAGAAAGUGUGUUGUAUGUGAUCAUCCCAGACCUAACAACAUAGAAGCAAUAGAACUGGCAGAGACAGAAGAGGCUUCUUCAAUCAUAAAUGAGCAAGACAGAGCUCGAUGGAGGGGAAGCUGCAGUAGUGGUAACAGCCAAAGAAGAUCUCCUCCUACAACCAAACGUGAAUCUGAGGUAAAAAUGGACUUCCAAAGAAUUGAAUUGGCUGGAGCGGUUGGCAGCAAGGAGGAACUUGAAGUUGACUUCAAAAAAUUAAAACAAAUAAAAAACAGAAUGAAAAAGACUGAUUGGCUGUUUCUAAAUGCUUGUGUGGGAGUUGUAGAAGGUGAUCUAGCCGCUGUCGAAGCAUACAAGUCGUCAGGAGGAGAUAUUGCACGCCAGCUUACUGCAGAUGAAGUACGCUUGCUUAAUCGCCCUUCUGCUUUUGAUGUGGGCUACACACUUGUACAUCUGGCUAUACGCUUUCAGAGGCAAGAUAUGCUAGCAAUUUUGCUUACUGAGGUAUCGCAGCAUGCGGCAAAGUGCAUUCCAGCAAUGGUGUGUCCAGAGCUGACAGAACAAAUCCGGCGUGAAAUUGCUGCAUCUCUUCAUCAGCGGAAGGGAGAUUUUGCUUGCUAUUUUCUCACUGACCUAGUAACGUUUACGCUGCCUGCAGAUAUUGAAGACUUGCCACCAACAGUCCAAGAGAAAUUAUUUGAUGAAGUACUUGACAGGGAUGUUCAGAAAGAGCUAGAGGAAGAAUCUCCUAUUAUAAACUGGUCACUGGAAUUGGGUACACGCUUGGAUAGUAGACUAUAUGCACUUUGGAAUCGGACUGCAGGAGACUGCCUCCUUGAUUCAGUACUACAAGCUACGUGGGGCAUUUAUGACAAGGAUUCGGUGCUACGGAAAGCCCUACAUGACAGUUUACAUGACUGUUCACAUUGGUUCUACACCCGUUGGAAAGAGUGGGAGUCAUGGUACUCUCAGAGCUUUGGUUUACAUUUCUCUCUGCGAGAGGAACAGUGGCAGGAAGAUUGGGCAUUCAUACUUUCUCUUGCUAGUCAGCCUGGAGCAAGUUUGGAGCAGACGCACAUUUUUGUACUUGCACAUAUUCUUAGAAGACCAAUUAUAGUUUAUGGAGUAAAAUAUUAUAAGAGUUUCCGGGGUGAAACUUUAGGAUAUACACGUUUUCAAGGUGUGUAUCUGCCUUUGUUAUGGGAACAGAGUUUUUGUUGGAAAAGUCCUAUUGCUCUGGGCUACACAAGGGGCCACUUCUCUGCUCUGGUUGCCAUGGAGAAUGAUGGUUAUGGCAAUCGAGGUGCCGGUGCUAACCUGAACACUGAUGAUGAUGUUACCAUUACCUUUUUACCAUUGGUCGACAGUGAGAGGAAACUGCUGCACAUUCACUUCCUCUCUGCUCAAGAGAUAGGUAAUGAGGAGCAGCAAGAGAAGCUGCUCAGGGAGUGGCUGGACUGCUGUGUGACGGAGGGAGGAGUUCUCGUUGCUAUGCAGAAAAGCUCUCGGCGCCGCAAUCAUCCCCUGGUCACACAAAUGGUAGAGAAGUGGCUCGAUCGCUAUCGACAGAUCCGACCUUGUACAUCCCUUUCUGAUGGUGAGGAAGAUGAAGAUGACGAUGAUGAAUGAUGAAAUCAAAAGAAAAUACCAGUGCAUACUGUCUGAUGACCCCAAAGUUAGCGUUAUGCUCCAGCAGUUUGUUAUGGAAUGACCCAAUUCUAGCGGAACUGUGCUGGAAAGGAUUUUUCUAACCAGUGUGGGGAGAAUCUAGAGCCUUGGCUGCUGUGUGAAGAGAGCUGAGUUGGUUGGACUGCAGUUUGUUAAAAAGAAAAAACAAGAGAAACAAAAGAAUCCCCUAAUUUUAUUAUCAAGACAGAAAAAAAAAUUCUUUCCAAUUGUAAAUCUGUCUAUAAAUGUACCGCAUGUGGUUGUGUGAGAAGUUGUGUAAUAGGAAAAGUAUACCAGCAUCUUAAAAUUACUGAGAAAUUUUUUUGAAUAAGGGCACUUACAAAAGCACAUGUUAGAUGGAUAUUGGUUCCCUCUGAGAUUCUUUUACAGUAGUGCUUGAUAUUCUAAUUCACUUUUAUUCUGACACAUUUCCUUGCCAGGCCCUUUAUGCGAGAUCUCAUUAGUGCCCAGGUCAGGUUGUGAGGAUUUUUGUUUGCACAAACUACCCGCAGCAAGUUGGACAUAAAGACCAGUCCAUUAUUUUAUUAAUAUUUUAGUUAUCGUUUUGCCCAUUAUAAUAAAAUCAAAUCUUUAAUGAACAAACUGGAAGAACUAAAUUUUUCAUGCAGUGAAAUUUUGUUGAAUUGAAUUGAAAAGCCUUUUUCAUUUAAUAUUUCAUCCUGUUACAUUUGCUUAGAUUUUUCUUUCAAUAUGGUCAAAAUAUUUAUUCAGAAAAGUGAUGUAACUAUAUAAGGUUUCUUAUUCCAGUGAUUCUAGACUAAAAGUGUUUGAGUUAGCAGAUGCUACACAUGAUUUGAGAAUUUUCUGUUGUUCAAACCCAGUCUUGCUGUGAUAUGUAUAGUGUAUCAUUUAAUCCUUUAAAUAUAUCAUAAAUCCACAUUGCCGCAAGUGAAAAAAAUGCCUUUUAAAAGGGGCAUUCCUUGGUUAUUAAAAUCUCAUGAGGGAAUGCUUGACAGUUCUGACUAAAAAAAAAAAAAUUAUGCUAAAGUUGUUUUUUAAAAGCACUGUAUUAUCUAUUUCUCAAUAUGUAAACCUGGGAAUUUCUUGCA